AUGAUCCGGCACCCCGGAACAAGGAUUCCCAAACACCAGCUCAAGGUCAGGUCAACCACCUCGCUCAUCAAGAAUUCCAGAGUUGCCUGCAGCAAGGGGCCCUCAGGGAGAUCCGCGGGCCUCCUGGGGGCCGGGCUGCGGGCCCUGACGCUCUUCAGCAGCAUCUCAGACCCCCCAGCGCCCCUGCCUCUCGCCGUCCCCCCGCCAGCCCGGCUCCUCCGCAGCCCCUGUGUUCCUCUGACUGGAACCAAUUCUCCUGGGAGGAGGCGAAGCCACCGAGACCUCCAGACGCUGGCUGCUCCCCCACUCUCACGAGCAGACGGCUUCCCACCAUUCGGCCUGUCUCCCACUGGGCAGGGGCCAGGCCAAGACAACUCAGCAAUUUCUGUAUACAUUCGGGGUCUGAACUGGUCUGGGGGCAGGACCACCAGACCCCGGCUGCAGGUGGCAGGAGCGAGGCCGAAGGACGCCCGGGGCAUGCUCACAUCAUGUGCACGCACACGCAUGCAGCUCCUAGAGCCCGCACCAGCACCAGUCCACGCUGCCCUGGCCCUCCUCCUCCCGGCCCACACUCUGACCCCUCCCAUGGAGGCCACGGCAUCAGACCAGGAGCAGCUGGGAGGCGACGACAGACCGCUCCCGCCCCUCCACCCUGCUAAACUGCAUGGGAAACAUCAGACCAGGGUGCACGGGAGGCCGAGCGGGGCCAGCACUGACCUCGCUUCUGGCCCAGAUGCACUGCAGGUCAUGGCCAGGCAUCCAGAGCCAGGAGUUCAGUGGCAGCCCACCCGGGGCUGCAGGCAGCCACAUCCCCAGGAGCUCACCGCGGGCCGGGACCCCAAGGGCAGCCACCUGGGGCCGGGCUGCAGCGUGAGGACCCAGAGGCGAAGCCAGGGCGCGGGCACGGUCUCCGCUGCCCUCGGGGCCCGUCGCGUCUCCAGGGGCCACUGGUCGGAAGGCAGCUCAUCUUUCCCAGAGCUGAGCUGGUGCCAGGCCCCGGGUCACCGAGCCGGUAUAAAAGGGAGGGGCAGACUCAGCCCGGCGCUGGGGACACAGGAGGACGCCUGCCCGCAGGAGCAGCCCGAGCAGCCGGGGAGGACCGCAGAGUAA